UGAUGUCAAUAUUUAUUGCUGCCGAAGCCCUACCUCCCCAACCCACGCCAGCACUCCCACCCCAACCGCCAGCCCCACAACCACAACCGGCUCCUCAUCAACCAAGGCAACGGAGGCGUGCUAGGCCACCAAUUUUCCGACCCCGUGUCCUACUUUUUGGGAUGCCAGAUGAUGUGGUUGUACGUAGAUACAGGCUGCCACCACAUCUAAUCCUAGACACUCUCUCCAUAAUAGAGAGUGAUCUGGAGUCUGAAAUUCGGUAUCCUACAGCAAUACCACCAUUGACACAAUUCCUUGCUGUGUUACAUUUUUUGGCUACAGGCUCUUAUCAGCAUGUGGUAGGAGACCUGGUUGGCAUGUCGCAGGGCCAGUUCAGUAAGGUCCUGCGGCGUGUCUGCCAGGCUUUCCUAAAGCGUGUGAAGCAAUUUAUUGCUAUGCCUUUGGAUGUUGGUGCCCUAGAUGUGGUGAAGCGGCAAUUUGAGGAAGGUGGUAGUCGCUUCCCACAUGUUAUUGGGGUUGUGGAUGGCACACAUGUAGCUAUUCAGCCACCAAAACAUAAUGAAGAAAUUUAUAGAAACAGGAAACUGUUUCAUUCUCUGAAUGUAAUGGUUGUUUGUGGGCCAUCCCUCCAGAUCCUUUCCCUGAAUGCAAAGUUUACUGGAAGUUCCCAUGAUGCGUAUGUCAUUAGACAAUCAGGGAUAUGGCACAGAUUAAGAUCAAGUCAACGAGCAGACAUGUGGUUAUUGGGAGACCGUGGAUAUCCUUGCACCCCCUGGCUCAUGACUCCUUACCGUAAUCCCAGGCCAGGACCACAGACGGCAUUUAACUCCGCGCUUACUGCCACUAGGCAGCUGGUGGAGCGCACAAUUGGGGUCCUUAAAGGGCGGUUUCGUGUGCUCCACCGCACUGGUGGCGACAUCAUGUAUUCGCCGGAGAUGGCAAGUAAACUAGUGGUCCUGUGCGCUAUACUACACAACAUCGCGGUAAGGAGUAGCGUAGAGCUUCCUCAGACAGAGGAAUUGCCUGAUGAGGAGCCAGGGGUUGUCCGACACUUCGGUGGGGGGAGUGUUACACGGAGGGGGAGCCAAGUCAGGGCAAGCAUUGUUGCGGAAUAUUUCAGCUGAAUGAUCACACAAACUGUGGACGACCACAACGGCAAGCAACACAUGAGGCACCAUCUCAGCCCCCUUCCCCUUCUCACUCCCCCUCCACUUCCCAGUCCCCCUCCCCUUCUCACUCCCCCUCCCCUUCCCAAUCCCCCUCAGCUUCCCAGUCCCCCUCAGCUUCCCAAUCCCCCUCUGCUUCCCAGUCCCCCUCAG